UACAUUUGAAAAAUUUCCGUUUCUAUUAUGUAUAGAUGUGAAUUCAAGUGCGGAAUGUUGCAGUUGCACUAGUUUGUGAGAAACCCUAAUAAGGGGAAGGCGAUGAGAAUGAGCGAUAAGUGGGUGGAAUUGGUAGGUUGUUCGAGCGAAAGGCUUCCGGGGAACCUGGUACUGGAAAUCCUGUGGCGUGUUCCAGCGACGGGUCUGGUUCAUUUAAAGAGAGUGUGCAGAUCAUGGAGAACCCUAAUAUCCAGCCCCGAAUUCGCCAGAGAGCACCUUAAGCGCUCAACUGCAGGUCUGCUAGCCUCGGACGCACGAAUAGCCUAUGCAAGCCAGUUCUCCCACCUAAGAAGAAUUGGAUUUUUGCCCUUACACUCUCUGUUCCAUAAUCCAUCAUCGCCUGCUGCUAAAGUGGUUAGCUGCUACGAUAUUGUUGGUUCCUGCCACGGCUUGUUGUGUUUGUUCGAUACGGUUUCCAAAUCUCGUGUUAUGUUGUGGAACCCCUGUACGGGGUUCACAUCGAAAUGGCGGCAAACGAGUGCACCUAUCAUGUCGUGCGGCUUUGGCUAUGAUCACGUCAAUGGCAAGUACAAGUUUCUUGCGGUUGUGAAGAAUGAAUACGGUGCACUUGUGAGCAAUUCUAGGUGGCUCAUUAAUUUACAGCGUCACUGAGCUUAAGGGGUUAUUUGUGAGCGGCACUUUUAACUGGUUGGUUUCUCGGCCUAGGGGGUCCGUAAUACUUUACCUUGAUUUGGGCAGGGAAACUUAUGGUGAGUUGUCUCUUCCAGAAAGGGAUCCGGAUGAUAAUAUCAGAAUAAUACCCGUCAUAGGUGUCUUGAGGAACUGCCUCUCUGUUUGCUUCGACCAUAAGAAAACUCAUUGGGCUGUGUGGCUUAGGAAUAACCGAUCUUGGACUCAAUUCGCCAUGAUCCCCCACCACCCCCAAAUCACUAAUCGUUUUGGAGUUGCAUCUUUACGGAUCCUCUACGUCUCCGACGAUGAUGUUCUUCUUCUCGAGAAAGGCCAAAACGCCGGGUUAUUUCUGUAUUACUUAAAUGAUGGGAGGAUAGCUUUUCCUAUGAUUCAUAGCUUCAGCGAUGACUUCGUAGGAAUGCCUAUGUCUAAGCAAAUAGGUCCAACGACUUUACUUGUUUAUUAUCCAAGCUUGCUUUCACCCAUUCAUCUUUAGGCCAUUAGGCUUUCUUUAUAUUGCUUUAUUCCAAUGUAAGCAAAGUAAUAAAUUCAAGCCGUAUUCCCUUUGCCUUUUA